AUGCGCCGGUCAGCAUACCAAGUCCCGAGCCCAGCCCCCGUGGCCGGGUCCGUACACGAUGAUAAGCGAUGCAUAACCGCCCAACCCGCGCGGUGUUCCCAAAGGUUGGCGCCGUCAGCCGUGCCGCAACUCGGGUCUCCACCGGGGCACACGGGGCGCCUGGGAACGCGCGCCAUUGUCGCUCCGGUCGCCUGGGAAAUGAUGGAUGUCUCAGACCCGCGCACCACCACUGCGACACGGCGCUUUCGCCUUCCGAUUGGCGGCCCCCGUGACGCCGUCCUUGCUGAUCGCGCGCUAACUCUUCCCCUUUCUCUUUCGCCCGCUGGGGCCAUUGGCCUUGUCCCGGUUUGGGGGCUUUUCCGAUGGGGGUGA